AUGCUGUGCAGUGCUGCACGCGUGGUCUGCCGCAAGCAGAACCCAAAUCGAGCGGCGAGGGAGCUCAGGAGUCAGCAUCAGCAGCACAGGCAUAUGGCCAAUGCCAGCGGGGUGAAGCUUCUGGACGAAAGAGGUUCAUUCUACACGGAUAGUCGUUGUGGUUGUGUUUCAUCAUGAAUCGACACAGAAAAACGAAUUUGCAUCGUGUUGAAAUUAUCGCGGAUACUGUUAAUGAUGAGUGUCAGACUGAUGUUGUGACCGGCUCGCCUUCGAGAAGAAUUCAACAGCUGGCGCAGCAAAAUAGUUGUCAGGCUCGGGACCGACGUCGUUUCAAAAAAUACAGACGCACCCUAACUCUAACAGGUAAGGCCUCUGAAAACAUCUACUUUUCGCAAGAGGAUCAGCGGUUGAUGAAGAAACUCCUGGAACAGAAUCCCGACAUCGAGAGCAAAUACGGUGCAGGAGGGGCAGGGGAAAGCACGGAAGAGAAGGUAUUGCAAAGGUGGUCGUUCUUUAGUUGUGGUAUUGGAGUUGGUGGUCGUUCUUAGAAACGACAUAGUUGGAGUUUCUGUCUAGGUUCUAACUUUUCUUCGAGUAUGAUGCCGGGCCUCCAGGAGGAACGGGAAGACGAAGAAACAUCCACACAUUUUGAAGCACACACUUCACCGCGAAGGAGAUCAUGCUAUCAUUGCCAUUGAUAGGUAAAAUUGGUUUUCCUGAGUCACGGAAUUCCGCCACUGAACAAGAAUUUGAUUAACGACUUGGUCGGCGUACUGGAGGAGAAGCGGUAAUGUCAGGUGGACAGCAGUGGCACACUCCACCGUGCAGCUUUUUCAAUUUCUUCAACUUCAUCUACAAUUCCUGACAAGGACCAACCACGAGCUCUCCCUUUCUGUUUCCGGUACUGAGGAGCAGCACGUGCACAUCUUGAUCUUACCGCCAAACACGUGCGUGUGCCUGCUGUCAGGCGAAAAGACUAGAGGAGCCACCGACGAAGCACGUCAAGAAAUUCGUGCGCUACUCGUAUCGACGGCAGACAUAGGAGUGUUCUAGUGUGUCACUGUCACUGUGUAUAAAAGAUCCAAACUUCUUGCCGUGGAGAGGGAGCAUGCUGCUCGUCUAACACCGAGUAGAAAUGCUCUUUCCACUCCUUCGUCAUCAACGUAAAACACGAAGAAAAGCUAGGGUGCUGACGCUUGGCGUGCCACUGGUCGGUGGAAAGCAAUGUCGUGAGAGGGAAUACGAUCUCCGAGCAGAGACCCAGCUCCACCCCUUGCUCUUCUAUACUGCCGAUUGAUGAUUUUGCGGAGUUCACCUUCAGCUGACCAGUGACUCUGCUCCUUCGUGUUUGUUCCCAGCAGGUCGGGGCUCCAGCAUUCGAGAUUCCGAGCUGCGCCUACGAUGUUUUGCAAGUUCGACGUUGGUUGCCCAUCUUUAUCAGCCGAAGUUCCGUAUUAAAAGAAACUCGCCUCGCCGACGACGUUGAAACAUCUUGCACGUCUUGCUUCCUCGCC